AUGUCUCCCAACCGGCUGGGUCUGUCUACUUACUGGGAACAGCCUUACGUUGCUGCUCCCACCAGCUCUGGAAGUCCCGAAUCGCCAAUCGAUGCCUCGGCGCUACAGUUUGCACUUCCACCUGAUAUCGAACAACCCCCGCCGCCGCCGCCGCCGCCCCAAAUCCCACGUUUAAACUCACCCUCUCUCGACUCACUUGACCGCCCGUCUCCGUACUAUGACGAGGGCACGAACAAUGACUUUUACGAGGACAGGGUGCCACUCACUUCGAGGGCCCAGCCCAUUUCUGGAUCCCUAAGCGCCAAUGUUGGAGAUGCUCAGCGAAGGGAUAGUUUCCAGACUGUCUCGGAUAUUGACAACACACCGUCAAGGACCAGAGAUGCGAGAUCACUUGGUUAUGACUUGGAGCCCGGCGCCGCGGGCGCCGGACGUCGCAGUUACGGGAACACAUUGAGUCCGGGAGGAGACCAAAGACGCUCUCGCUCCCCAUCUACGACCGGCGCCCUGUACAGAGCUGGCUCUAUUAUGCGAGCCAUGUCACAACGUGUCGUCAACAUCAGCGGUGAGGGCGAGCUUGUCGACCACCGUCAUUCGCGGAGCCGUUCUCCUUCACCCGCGCCAGACCGCCGUCAGCAACUACACAACUCCGCCCAAAUGUUUACCGACACAUCAUAUCACUCACACUUCUCCCAGGUACCCGAAAAGGUACCCGAGGCGGCACCUGCUUUUGCGGAGCCACCACCGAUGCCGCCGCGGAUUCCCAUGAAGAAUCCUCUCAAGGGAAAGUCACUGGGCAUCUUUCCUCCUGAUCAUCCGAUACGAACUAAGCUCUGCGACCUUCUGGUGCACCCCUUCACCGAGCCUUUCAUUCUCAUUCUCAUCAUCAUGCAAGCUGUCCUACUAGCCAUAGAAUCAGCCCCUGAUGUCUUCACUCAUCCUCGUCCUGAAAGAUGGGGCAUUACCUGGGUCGACUGGGCCAUGCUGGUAUUGUUCAUCAUCUUCACCCUGGAGCUAGUGGCGCGCAUAUUGGUUUCCGGGUUCAUCCUGAAUGCCUCGGAGUACAGCACCAUCGAUCGUCAGCGCGGAGUUCGAGCUGCGGUCGUCGACCAGUAUAGAAACAUCUUUCAACCGCAACGUCAGAAGUCUGUUAAGGCCAAUCGACAGAUCAAUCUCGGCCCGUCUGCGUUCCAGAGAUCCUUUACUAUCAUGCAAGGUCAAACGCUACCUCAGACAGUCGAAGAGCAACAAAGGUUCCAACUUGCCCGCAGGGCGUUUUUGCGCCAUUCCUUCAACCGACUGGAUUUUUUGGCCGUCGUGGCUUUCUGGAUAUCCUUCGCACUCAGUAUCACGGGGAUCGAGAGCCAAAAACAUCUCUUCGUCUUCCGCAUGAUCAGCUGCCUGAGAAUCCUGAGAUUGCUCGCCCUUACGAACGGCACAGCUAUUAUUCUACGAAGCCUGAAAAAGGCCGCGCCGCUCCUCGUGCGCGUCGCUUUCCUCAUAGCCUUCUUCUGGAUCCUGUUCGCCAUCAUUGGCGUACAGAGUUUCAAAGCAAGUUUGAGCCGCCAGUGUGUCUGGCUCGACCCUACAGAUCCCACCAACAAGACGAAGUCGUUCACCAACGACAUGCAGUUUUGCGGCGGUUUCCUCAACAAUGACACGGGAGAAACGAUGCCCUGGGUCCUAUUGGAUGAUGCCAGCAUUUUGAAAGACUUCAAAAAUGGAAGCAAAGCUGGCAAGGGAUUUUUAUGUCCUCGGGGGUCCAUCUGUCUCCAGCAAGAAAAUCCCUUCAACGGCACCGUCAGCUUCGAUAACAUCUUCCAGUCCGUUGAGAUGGUGUUCGUCAUCAUCAGCUCAAACACCUUCACCGACAUCAUGUACUACACCACCAACUCCGACUAUCUACCCGCAGCUCUCUUUUUCGGCGCCGGUAUCAUGAUUCUGAUGUUGUGGCUCGUAAACUUGCUCAUUGCGGUCAUCACAUCUUCUUUCCAGGUCAUUCGUGAGGAGAGCAGGGCGAGUGCUUUCACUACGGAAGAGGAGCCGGUCGUGCAGGAACCAGUAGACGAGCCGCCAAGGAACUUGUCUGCUUUGCAGCAGAUUUACGACAAAACCACCUUCCUGUGGAUCGCUGUCAUUGCCUUCGGUCUUCUGGCGCAAUGUUUCCGGAGCUCAAGGAUGUCCGACAGCCGCGGCAAAUUCAUUGAUGCGGUUGAAGUCGUAGUCACGAUUCUCCUGGACUUUGAAAUAGCUGUACGCAUAGCCGCUGGUUGGCGUACUUUUCAUAAGAGUCGUCGCAACCUCGUUGACCUGGGUCUCGCCGUCAUCACGAGCAUCAUCCUGAUACCGCCGAUACGCAACUCGGGGGAGCCUUAUGCCUGGCUGACCGUCUUCCAAAUCCUGAGAGUAUACCGUCUCGUCUUGGCUGUUCCCAUGACCCGGAAGCUUAUCGUUAUGGUUCUGGGAAACUCGAAUGGUAUUGCCAACCUGAUGCUGUUCGUCUUUCUCAUCACGUUCCUUAUGUCGAUUCUUGCGGCCCAGCUCUUCAGAGGCGAGAUUCCAAAACACAGCGAUUCCGGUGAUCUCAACGAGGUUUCUUUCUUCACCAUCUAUAACUCGUUUUUAGGUAUGUAUCAGAUUCUCUCAAGUGAGAACUGGACAUCGAUGCUGUAUAAUGUCACCUCGUAUCUGAACGAACACAACACGGGUUGGAUUGGUGCUAUGUUCCUCAUCGGCUGGUUCAUCUUGUCGUUCCUGAUUCUCGUCAACAUGUUCAUUGCUGUCAUUCAAGAGAACUUUGACGUAUCUGAGGACGAGAAGCGCCUUGAGCAGGUGAAGGCAUUCUUGCAGAGGAAAGAACUCGGCAAAUCAUCCAAUAACCUUACCCUGUCCAACAUCUUCCAUUUCGGCAAGCAAAGGCGCAAGAAAGACCCUCUUGACUAUGGUCCGGCAAUGAUGGAAAUGCUCCUUAAGGAUGCAGUCGUUCACGAGUUUUUGGACGAUUCUGUGGAGGGCCAACAUGAACACCAAGGCGAUGAGCAGCAAUCACCUACGCGGGCUCAGACAAUGGCCGUUGGCGGCGAAGUGAAGCCCGGUUUCCUGUCUUCGAUGUGGGGUAGGGUCAGGUCCACGUUCAGCAGCAAGGAUCCGAACCCCUUCUACUCCAAUAUCCGUUUUGACGGCCCCAAUGAUACCCUCGACCCUCGACAGAUGGCGCGACAAGCUGUGUCUGCUACCUCUGCGCGGAGGAAGGCUCAACGCGAGUAUCUGGCCCGGCACCCAAACUACAAUAACUCUCUCUUCAUUUUCACACCCAAGAACCCUAUUCGUCGCUUCUGUCAGAGGAUCGUUGGCCCUGGUCGCGGAACUGAGCGUUUUGACGGCGUCGAGCCCAACAAGAUCGCGUGGUAUGCGUCUUCCGCCUUUAUUUACGCGUGCAUUGUUGCCAUGGUCGUCAUUGCAUGCGUUACAACGCCACUUUAUCAGAAGCAGUAUCAAGCAGAGCAUCCUGAGUUCAGCAUCACCUUUUGGUAUGUGUGGACAGACACGGCGUUUGCGGUUGUGUUCUCGAUUGAAGCCGUCAUUAAGGUCGUCGCGGAUGGCUUCUUCUUUACCCCGAAUGCGUACUACCGCAGCUCCUGGGGCUUCAUUGACGGCAUUGUGCUUAUUACGUUGCUUAUCAACGUCGGUACCUUGCUUGCCAAUGACGGUGCUGUCUCUAGAGCCAUCGGAGCCUUCAAGGCUCUGCGUGCUCUUCGUCUGCUCAACGUGAGCGACAGCGCCAGGGAUACAUUUCAUUCACUCAUUAUUGUAGGCGGAUGGAAGAUUCUUAGUGCUGCGUUCGUGUCCAUCUCGCUGUUAAUUCCCUUCGCUAUCUAUGGACUAAACCUGUUCAACGGCCAAAUGGUGUCUUGCAAUGAUGGCGAUGAUUCAAUCAUUCGAAUCUCGGACUGUUUCGGCGAGUUCAACCACACUCCGUUCAACGACGACUGGCCGAUGCUUGCUCCACGCGUUCCAUCGAAUAGCUACUUCAGCUUUGACGAUUUCGCAUCCUCGUUGUUCGUUCUCUUCCAGAUCGUGAGCCAGGAAGGCUGGACGGACGUUUCGUUCGCCUCCCAAGCUGUUACUGGGCUCGGCUUCCAGCCGCAGGAGCUCAACAGACAAGGCAAUGCCAUGUUCUUCGUCGUCUUCAACUUGCUUGCCACCGUCUUUGUUCUCACGCUGUUCAUCUCGGUCUUUAUGCGUAACUACACUGAACAGACCGGUGUUGCGUUCUUGACGGCCGAACAGCGCUCAUGGCUCGAGUUGCGAAAGUUGCUGAGACAAAUCUCUCCGUCAAAAAGCUCAUACGAUGAGUCUGAGAAGACAUGGAAAAAAUGGUGUCAUAAGCGUGCAAUAGAGAAGAGGGGCAAGUGGUACACAGCUGUCACCUACGUUUUGGUAUGCCAUCUGUUACUUCUUCUUCUCGAAUAUCACGGCGAACCAGCGUGGUGGACGGACGCCAGAGACGGCUUGUUUCUGGCUUUCACCCUUGUGUACAUGGCCAACAUCGCCAUCCGUAUUGUUGGUCUUGGCUGGGCCCGCUUCAGGAGGAGCUCGUGGGACUUAUACUCGCUCGCGGUGGUCACCGGCGCAUUUGUCUCGACGUCGGUGCUCAUCAUCAGCCGGAAUAGCGACACGUACGUGCAGUUGCACAAGUUCUUUCUUGUUGCUAUACUGUUGCUCCUCAUCCCCCGCAAUGACGCUUUGGAUCAACUCUUCAAAACGGCGGCUGCCAGUCUGACAACCAUCGGCAAUCUACUUGCCACAUGGCUUGUCUUUUUUCUGGUUUUUGCGAUUGCUCUCACGCAAGCGUUCAGUCUGACUCGCUUUGGCGAGAACGAAGAGAGCAAUAUCAACUUCCGCAGCGUGCCGAACGCUCUCAUUCUCAUCUUUCGAAUGAGUUUCGGUGAAGGCUGGAACCAAGUGAUGGAGGACUAUGCCACCAUAGAACCGCCUCUCUGCGUUGACAACCCGGACUUCUUCAACAGCGACUGCGGUAGCAAACCCUGGGCUAGGUUCCUGUUCGUGGCCUGGAACAUCUUAAGCAUGUACAUCUUUGUCAACUUGUUCGUGUCUCUCAUCUACGAGAGUUUCAGUUAUGUGUACCAACGAUCCAGCGGCCUCGCCGCUGUCGACCGCGACGAAAUUCGGCGUUUUAAAGAGGCAUGGCGAAGUGUCGACCCAGCAGGUACCGGGUUUAUCAGCAAGGACGCAUUUCCCCGGCUUUUGGGCGAACUGUCUGGUGUCUUCGAAAUGCGCAUUUACGAUGCCGAAGACUCCGUCAGGCAGAUCCUCGAGGACGUUCGCAAUGACAUCGAGGCUUCAGGGGCGAGACACAUGUCCAUUGCGUCGGCGAGCAACUUUAGUGCGGGAAUUGACAUCCAACGGCUCAACCGACGGCUGGCCCAGAUCGACAUCAACAAGGUCCGCGAAAGGCGGCGUCGUUUCAAUAUUUUCUUCGAGGAAGUCAUGGUCUCUGCGGAUCCCGAUAAGGGCAUCUCCUUUACUUCGGUUCUCAUGAUUUUGGCUCACUACAACAUCAUCAAUGACAGCAAGAGCUUGAAGCUCGAAGAGUUCUUGCGGCGACGAGCCCGGCUCCAACGUGUCGAGGAGGAAGUGCGCCGAAGAAUCGUGUUGGGAUUCUUUGAUACGCUGUACUGGACGCGCAAGUUCAAGAAGCACAUUGACAUGAGAAAAUCGGCGAGAAUGACGGCCAUUCCACAGCUCGACAUUCCCCACAUCCUUGUCGACGACGACGAACACCGUCAUAAAUCCAAGCCAGUGGCCGGAACAGGACAAACUAGAUCCGCUCUGUUGACGGUGGAGGAUCCCAACAAAUCUUCGCACAAGAGCUGGACACCCGGGCAAGACGUGGCAUCUACCGAUUCGGACUACCAGCACCCGCUGAGCUUCCCGAGAUCCGGGUUGUCAACACCUGGAGAUAACUCGGCGCACUCAGCAUUCAGUUUCGAGCUGCAAGAGGGCGGACAUUCGUCGGCCCAUAGCAGUAGACGCGGAAGUGCCGUCAGCCCUGUACAAAGCCCCGUCAGCCCUGCCCAAGUCAGCAAUAUGCUGGAUGACUCCAUCUGGCUGGAGAGUAUUCGGCGGAGUGCAACAGUACGAAAGUCGGUUCGCAAAUCCGAUUGGAAUCGAUAG